AUGCGUCUUGGAACACACGAGGGUGCCAGGCCCUGGUCAUAUUAUGAUAUUGUGCCUCCUAGCCGCUCAGACGCUCGCACUUGCGAGUCCCCAUUCGUAAAGUGCGAGGUUGCCGAAUGCACCGCUACCUCAGCGCACGGGUUGUACGAAUCGAUGACUCUCAGGAUCGGUUUUACAACGUGCUGCAAGUACCUCGACAGCAAUGAGCUCGAGAAACGGAUAGACUAUAGUUCUAGGCAGUUGGACAGGAUGGAGGUUACGGUGAUCUUUUACGAUGUGGGACUGGGCAAGGAUGGGCAGAUUGAGCAAUUGUCCGCAUUCUCUUCUAGCGGCGAAAAUUUCAGCGCCAUCAGACUAUAA